UUAUUAAUAUUAUUAUUACGUGGUACAAUAAAAAUUUAAUAAGCAUUCCAAGUCUCGUGACUACCAACUAGUUUCCCAUAAUCCCAUAAGGCAUUUGAUAAUAGCUUUUUUAUCACAUGAUUUUAGUACCAUGACCCCUCUUACGUAUAAAGAUACAAAUAACUGCUUGCUGAUAACAGAAGGCGUAAACAGAAAUGUUAUAACAUGUAACGAUAUCAAGUAGUUAAACAACUUGCAGGGACGGCUUCUUUAUUGUCAAUUUCCCAAGAGAACACACGCGACGAAUCUCAUUAUUUUCCCCUUAUUUAUCAUUUAUUUAAAACGUCCAAGAUUUUGCAAAAUAAAAAAAAGGGUUUAUUUAUUUCAUAUAAAUUUGCAUAAAAUAAUAGAGGACGAUAUAAGAGGAUUAGCGAAUCGAUAACGUCAAAACUCAUAAAUGAUUUGAGUAAUUAAAUUUCUAAAAAGAUCAAUUUAUAUAACAUAUUGCGUGCCUAUAAAACUGCCUUCUAUCUCGUCAAACCUGAAUGUUUAAUCCUGGUUGGAAUGUUUUUCGCAAUAAGUUUUUGAAGCAAUCCAUCAGUCUAUCAGUUUUAAAUGCAACAACAAUAAUAUUGGCACACACUUUAUAUAACUGAAAAAUAUAUUUAAUAAUUGAUAUAUGAAAAUAUUACUAAGCCAAAGCUCCGCUCUGAGCGAGAAAUGGUACUUUCUCUUAUUUCUUCCGAAUGUUUCAGUUUUAAAGGCUAAUCUGUAAUGCUCUUUGCUUCCUGUUCCUUUUAUGUUUCUUAUUUCUUUUGGAGUUUGUCAAUUUCGAUAAAAAAGUAACAAAUAUAUAAGAAGCAAGUAGUUUCACAUUCCAAAUUAACCUUAAAGCCUUCUAUAUCCGAGUCUGGCAGCAGUAAAUAUCACGCGGGGUCAUCACAGCUUCGCACAGAGCAGCUUACCAUUGAGCUACACGGAAUUAUUCAAGUUAGUGAGUGAUAAGACAUUAAGAGAGAAGCAUCAUGCUUCGUUUCGUCGCUCGCGGUAAAUUCGUCGUCUGUGACAAUCUCGAGAAAUGCCUAAGCGAAGUGCUAGGAGGACGCGUACGUGACACCUGCAGCGUCGCCAUGGUGUCGAGGGUCAAGGAGAGACUUGGUUCGACGUCGCGUUCGAAUUGUUUGGUCGAUUCCGCGAUACCUCGUACAGCCGUCGAAACGACUUGUCGGGAAAGUCGUCGGCUAUCGUCAACGUCGACUGUCAGUGACGCCCGCAAAACCUGUCUUUAUGAUCUUCACGUAGAAAAGCAAGGCAAGAUCGUCAAUUUUGCCGGAUGGCUGCUGCCGGUACAGUAUCGAGAGGCGAUCGCCGCCUCUCAUCUGCACACCCGAUCGUUCGCAUCGCUAUUCGACGUGGGCCACAUGCUGCAAACGCGCGUUUUCGGCAGAGAUGCCGGCGAGUACUUGGAAUCGCUGACCACGUGUGAUCUCAAGAAUUUAAAUAAAGGCGCCGCGACCUUGACAGUUUUCACCAACGACAAGGGUGGAAUUUUAGAUGAUCUCAUCAUUACUAAAGACGAUGAAGACAAAUAUUUCGUGGUGUCUAACGCAGGAAGGCGGGACGAGGAUAGUCGGCUUCUCUUGGAGCGUCAGGAAGACUUUAAGAGGAUUGACAAAAAUGUGUAUAUUGACUUCUUGGAUCCCCUUGAGCAAGGUCUAAUAGCUCUUCAAGGCCCUACGUCGGCGACGGUCCUCCAAUCCUUGGUAAAGAUCGAUCUUCAUACCCUGAAGUUUAUGAACAGUGUGAAAACCGAGGUGUCGGGGAACCCCGUUAGAAUUUCGCGGUGCGGAUACACCGGAGAGGACGGCUUUGAGAUCUCGGUACCUGCGAAUGACGCGAUUAAUCUAGUCGAAAAGAUCCUACAGAUUCCUGACGUGAAACUAGCUGGUUUAGGAGCUAGAGAUAGCCUAAGACUGGAGGCUGGACUUUGUUUAUACGGUCACGACAUCAACGAGAACACCACACCAGUCGAAGCUGCUCUCACAUGGCUAGUCGCGAAACGACGAAGGGCCGAAGCAAACUUCCCAGGCGCGCAACGAAUACUUUCACAGAUCAAGACGGGGCCAACGAAGAAACGCGUCGGGCUUUUACUGGGUCAAGGACCACCUGCCAGGGAAGGCGCGCCUAUACUGACGCCGGAAGGUGAGCGUGUGGGCAGCGUCACUUCCGGUGGACCAAGUCCGACCUUGGGCCGGCCGAUCGCCAUGGGUUAUAUACCACCGGAUUUGGCGCAAUUCGGUGGCGGAGUUUUGGUCGAGGUUCGAGGGAAAACCUACAAGGGUACCGUGACGAGGAUGCCCUUCGUGAAAGCGAAUUAUUACACCGCGAAAUGAUGCUGAUUUCGCGGCGGAAAUUGUUCGAUUUCCGGCGAAAUUAUUAAUCGACAACGAUGAAACGUUCAGUACAUUUAUUCGCGAAGCACGCAAACAAUUGACUUAUAGUUAAUUAAUUUGUUAAAGCGAAUAAAUUGCGAAUGAAUCGCUAAUAUAUUUUAAUUGAUAGAUUAUCUCUCUAAAAGUUUUAUUUACUACAGCUAAUCUCUCUUUAAUUUAAUAUUAGAUCUAUAAUUCGACUUUAAAUCCCGAGAGAUUACUAAAUAUUUUAUAAUGUUAAAUACAUAGUAUAAUAUAAUACAAUACGAAUAUUACAAACCAAGCAACAAUAUUAUUUAUUACAAAAAUAUACAUUUUUACGACAAUAAUUUUAGCUCGAUACCGAUAUCUAUUUUUAUAACAUGACUCUUAAUUAUGAAUGUAUUUCAUUAAUAAAUAUUACAAAAAAUAUUUUUUUUUA